GCAGUCUCGUCCAACGCUACCGCCAUCUUUGCGCAAUGGAGACCAUGCCGUCGUGCACAAACUCGCACACCAGCUUGCCCAAGCUGAGUAUGAGUAAGCAUGUCCAAAGAAGAGACUCGCUUUCGUCUUCGAGAACCCGAGACUCUGGCUAUAACAGCGAUCCGGAUCCGCUCUCGCCCUUGGAAGUAGCCGUGUUAGAGCAGGACUUAUUUCUCGCGUCAUUUCCACGCGUGCCAAGUAUCUUACUCAACUCUAAACCUGCAACCCUUCAGUCAAUCUUCAGUUUCGAUACCUUGAAGCCCUCUGGACUAGGAGCCAUCUUAAGUGAUGAUGCAAGAGCUAGUUCGGACCGGGGAAUCUCAAGUCACCCCGCAACAUCUGUUUCGGACCGCGGAAUCCCGCGAAGCUUUCCCUGCUCCCCUCCAUUGGAGAAUGUCGCUGGCCACGGACCUGCGGAGAUUCUACAAACCCAAACGACUUCUCAAGAUGAAGAUAUAGAGAGAUGGGUGAACGACAAUCUCCCGUCACGCAAUCGACCGGAGCAGAGGGCGCUGUCUAUCGUUUCAAUAUCUUCAACGAGCAGCUGCGACAUGUACACAAGUACGGAUGUUAGUGAAGAUGAAGAUGAGUAUAGAAACCGACAAUCCAUCUCUCAAAAACCCAGGUCUACUCUGAAGGUCAUCGACUUGAUCAUCAGGAAGGUUGAGAUUAGUCUGCGGUAUGCAGCUUACAAGCAGUGUGCGGGAAACAACACCCCAAGCUCACAGUCUGGAAUCUCUGCUUCCACAGGACACAGCCGCAAAACAUCGUCGAGCUCCGGGCCAAAGAGAAAGACACGCCAGGACGGCAGUCCGCCGCCAGAAGAUGAUGACGAGGACAGGCCAAAUAAGAGGCGGCGGGGGUCGAUAACGACCUUUGAUGGAUCAGACAUGGGCGCACGGUUCGCAUGUCCGUUCUAUAAGCAUGAUCCGAAUCGAUACCGCAAUCGGCGUACUUGCCCCGGCCCUGGUUGGACAACUGUCCAUAGGAUGAAGGAGCAUUUAUACCGGUCACAUGCUCAGCCAAUCUUUUGUCCAAUUUGCUACGCAAAAUUCAAAUCAGACAAGGAGCAACUGAAUCAUGUGCGCUUGCAGCAAUGCGAGAGAUCGUCUACCCAACAAAUUGACGGCAUUGAUAGGGAAACAAUAUGGACGCUGAGAAAGCGCACUACUGGACUGAGACUAGAAGAGGAUAAAUGGAGAGAUGUUUAUCACAUCCUUUUUCCGGGUGUUCCGACUGUGGACAUUCCCAGCCCAUUUUAUGACUGCGACUCGCCAAGUGAAGACUCACGGAGAUUUCGCAGAGACCUGCUCCGUCGCGUGCAAGAAGAGUUGCACUCGGAAGCUGAACAGAUGCCCAGUCUAGUCGAGCAGCAACUUCUACAGCGUGUCGCUGAGAUUAUCCAUCGUUGCGAGCAGGGUCUCCUCAACCAGUCUCAUCCACAUCACACUUCUGACUUCAACACCGAUCGGCGUGCUAGUGCUAGCUCUAUAGGUAGUUCUUACCAGGCCACACCCGCAUCUGCGCCCAGUCCACCACCACUCCAGAGUGAUUCAAUACCAGUAGCGCCGGUACUUGGUUCCCAAGGCCAUAUUCUCGUCCCGAUGACGUUCCAAGACACUGCGCAGUACAUACCUGAGCCUAUAGUGGAUUUCACGCAAACGGUCUAUAACGACCAGCCGUAUGACACUUUUAGUCUGGGCAUUGAUUGGGAUGAUGUCUUCUCUCCACUGCAAGACAUGCAGUAUCGGAAGAGCAGCGAGCUUGGUACUGCAUGUCCAAGGUUUAUGUUCACUUGAUGGAGAAUUGUACAUUUAUUUUCUUUGCAAGCUCUGGUGCUAUUAUGCAUGUUCAUACAUGUUGUCUAUAGCUUGAAAUUAUAGUAGCAGUAUUGUAGUGUAUGUACAUAGUAAUUAUUGGUGUCACGAC